ACUCUGUCAGGAGCGAGACUGCUUCCCUCAUCCAUUUGAGCAAUUGCCGUGUACGUGGAGCUCAGAGAGUAUGUCACCGUCCAAUAUCACUGUUCAAUAUGUGUCCGAGCCUACAGAGGAUCUUGUAGAAGAGGCCGUCAAGGUCUUCUCUGAUCUCAUGCCCGAAGAUCCUCUCGCAGUCUCCUUGGUUGUGGGCGAUCGUAGUCUCAUUUCGAGUAUGGCACGUGCCAUGAUCAAACCCAUCGCUUUGGUCGUCGGAGACAUGUAUACUGCCACUGAUGAAAGUGGAAAGCUCGCUGGUUUCACGCUAUGGCUUCCACCUGGCAGAAACCUAUAUGAUACCUUGAGAUGGGCUACCUUGACUGAGGAAGGGAAAACAUACUUUGCUGAGACGAUGGCAAAAGAUUUCCCCAAAAUGAUCGACAGCAAGACUGGGAUAGAAUCAACGGAGUUGAACACCUACUGGUGCAGCUUCGCAUUCGUCAAGGCACAAUACCAAGGAAAGGGUGUCGCGAGGGCCAUGUUUGAGGUCGCAUUCGAGAAGGCAAAAACGCUCGGCGCGACGAUGGCUCUUGCGACAACUGCCGAGCGCAAUGUCACUAUAUACCAGAAAUUGGGAUUUGAACUCAAGGGAUACGAAUUAAUGCCGUCGCAGUGGAUGCCGUGGGACGCCUGGAUUUUUGCAAGGGACGCCAACACUCUCUGAUAGGCAUAUUCGACUCCCUUCAUCCUUAGACAAUAGUAUGACCAUGGAAAAGCCACAAAAUAUAUCGUCCCGAGAGCAUUUAUC